AUUUGGUGCUGUUAAUUAAAUGGCUUCCCAGCAGCAGAAAAAAAAUAAUUUGAAUUUCACACCAAAAAAAAAAAAAACAGAAAAUCAACAACUCGUCUAAGUGUUAAAUUCAAUAUCAAUUAAGCAUCAUAUAGAGUAGAAUAGUUAAACAGAGAGUGAUGACGGACGGCAAUCAACAGGGUCCGCCUAGUGCUCCAUUUCGGACACUUUCUACUAGUUCUCAGAUAUCUUUGAACUCAUCUUCCACCUCAAUUACCAGAGUUCCUCUGGGACCUUUACAAGCAUUAAAUUCUAAUUUCAAUCGACAAUCUACUCCACAAGAUCAUUUAUACUUCAAGGCAGAAUCUUUGAAACAAAGAAUAAGUAAGAUUGAAGGCAUGGACCAAUUUUUAAGGAAAGCAUACAAUAUAGCUGAAGGAUUAGCAGAACAACAAGCCUUGGCAUUAUCUCAACAGAUUCAACAAGAUAAUAAUGGAUUUAGAACUUCGAUUGAAUCUUCAAACUCAGAUAAUUCAUCAUCUUCGAGACAACAAUUGAAUAAUGUUUAUACUUUCACAGCAGGGAUAUUACCUGCCAAUAUAAGUGUUGAUCCAGCCACUUUAUUAUGGAAUUUGUUUCAACAAGGGGCUCCAUUAUGUCUUAUUUUUAAUUAUGUGGUUCCCCAAUAUGAAAUACCUAUCCAAGGUAGUGAUGAUUUAAGACUUUGUAAGAAAUCAGUGUACGAUUUCUUAAUUGCCGUAAAGACUCAAUUAAAGUUUGAAGAUGAAUUCAUGUUUACUAUUUCCAAUGUUUUUCUGGAUAAUACUCAAGAUUUAUUAACUAUUAUUGGAGUGGUUAAUAAAGUAUUGAAUUCUAAAGCCAAAACAGCCAAAUUCGACAUUGAUAAGGAAUCUCCUCAACAACCAAUUGGAGAAGUUAUCAUAAGUGAUGAUAGAUCGAAAGUCAUUAAAGAACUUGUGGAAACAGAAAGAAAAUAUUUAAAAGAUUUAGAAUUACUUUCAAGUUAUCAAAAGGAAUUAUUAGAAGCUGAAAUCUUACCUAAUGAACAAAUUCAUUUGAUCUUCCCUAAUUUAACUGAAAUUAUCGAUUUCCAACGAAGAUUCCUCAUGGGUUUAGAAUGUAAUAUUAAUGUACCAUAUAAAUAUCAAAGAAUUGGAUCAGUUUUCAUUCAUGCAUCGAAGGGUCCCUUCAAAGUUUAUGAGCCUUGGACUAUUGGUCAAUUAAAUGCAUUGGAUAUCAUCACCAAAGAAGCUAAUAAUUUAAAAAAAUCAUCAAGUUUAUUGGAUCCAGGAUUUGAAUUACAGUCAUAUGUUAUAAAACCAAUCCAAAGAUUAUGUAAAUAUCCAUUAUUAUUAAAGGAAUUGAUUAAGAAUUCUCCAGAAACUCUCGAUUCAAGUUUACCAACUUCAGCACUGUAUAAUGAAUUAAUCAUGGCCAGAAGUGCAAUGACUGAUUUAGCAAAUCAAGUGAAUGAAGCCCAAAGAAGAUCAGAAAAUGUCGAAUAUUUACAACAAUUGCAUGAAAGAGUAAGUAAUUGGAGAGGAUUCAAUUUACGAGAUCAAGGAGAUUUAUUACAUCAUGGUAUGGUUGGAGUUAAAGAUGCUGAUACUGAAAAGGAAUAUGUGGCAUAUCUUUUUGAAAGAAUUAUAUUUUUCUUUGUUGAAGUUAUUCAACCUGAUCAACAACCAAAGAAGAAAAUAUUAUCAUCAAGAAAAAAAUCAACUAGUAAUGUAACAGCAUCAACUGCUAAUUUAUUAGAAUCAUUAACCAUAUCUAAAAAUGAUAAAUUGAUUCCAUUGGAAUUAAAAGGAAGAGUUUAUAUACUGGAAAUUUAUAAUAUAUCAGCCCCAAGCAAUCAAGGUUAUACAUUGGUGAUAUCGUGGUCUGGUAAAAAGGAAAGUGGAUCCUUCACAUUAAGAUAUAGAACUGAAGAAAUUAGAAAUCAAUGGGAAAACUGUUUAAGAAAUUUAAAGGCUAAUGAAAUGAAUUCUCAAAUUCAUAAGAAAUUAAGAGAUUCUCAAGCUUCAAAUGAUUCUUCUACAAUCUAUGAUUAUACAGCUGCAUAUGCUCAAGCCAAUGGUUCAUCACCACCAAAUGGAACUGAGUCACAACCUUCAUCAAGAUCUUCCAAUGGAUCUACACGUCAUCAUUCAUCAUCAUCGACAUUCAGUAUGAUGAGAAGUGCUCGUGCCAAAUCGGGUGGAUUUGAAAGCUCGAGAUUAUCAUCAUCAUCUUCAGCUGGACCACUUCCAAUCCAACAAAGUGUGAGUGCUCCAUUAACUCCAUCUACAGAACCUGCAUUAUUUUCCAAUGAUAUCACUGUGAAAUUGAUUUAUAAUUCAACUGAAAUAUCAGAUCCUUUAAUCGUCCCAUCCACCGUACAAUUCCAUGAUCUUUAUCUGAAGAUAUCAGGUAAAAUCGUCAACAGUGAAUUGGUUACAGAUGAUAUCUUAGUCAAUAAGUUGAAAUAUAAAGAUGAAGAUGGUGAUUUUGUAGUGAUGGAUUCCAAUGAUGAUUGGACAUUAGCAGUAGAUAUGGUUAAUGAAUAUUCACUUGGUAGUAAUGAGAGAAGAGAAUUAACUAUUUGGGUUUCAUAAAUUAGGUUUUUAUAUAGUAAAUAUAACUGCUAGAUUUGUAUUUUAGAGUAAUAUCAUGUAAGAUGCAAAAAUUACCGGAGUCAUAUUGCGAAAAAGGUUACAAAAUGUUAAUAAGAAGCAAAGUCAAGAUCUGCCCCACUAAAAUUGAGCUUAACAUUUACGUAAACUGUUUCUUAUCUACGGUAAAGAUAACACCUGUUGACAUUAUAAAAAACUCCUAGUUAGCUUAUUAUGCCAAUAUAAAUAUUAUAUAGUGCUAUUAUGUCAUACCUCCUCAUUUCGUAAAAGUGGUGUGAGGAUUAUCAAUUUAAUGGUUUUGAUUCGUUGAUGUUUACCAUACUAAAAAAAAUCUAAAAGUUACACAAAAAUAAAGGGUAAUGAAUCAUCAGAUUGAA